AUGUCUGCCACAGUGCCACUGUCUAACGCCUACACUUUCCUACGCAAUACGCACAAUGCACAGAUACGCUUAGAACGGUCACUAGAACCAGCGCACAGUACUGGGGAGAAACGUAAACAUUCAGAAAUCGUCAUAGAUCCGACACAAAUUGUCACGAAUGGGGCGAGUAGCCCACCAAGCAACACGACGCACACGUACAGUGAGGCACUCGCUGUGGUGGGUCAGGGCUGGUUCCACACCAUACUGCUGGUCGUUACCGGCCUCUGCCUGAUGAGUGUGGUCAACGAAACUGUCAACGUGGGCUUCAUAAUUUCCGCAGCCGAAUGUGACCUGAACCUCACCUUCAGCGACAAGGGUAUACUGAACGGGGCCGGGUUCUUGGGCGUGGUGUCUAGUUCCUACGUUUGGGGCUUCCUGUCGGACACCUGGGGUCGCCGACGAGUGCUACUACUAGCGACGACCGGUGCCCUCAUCACAUCGAUCCUCUCCACCUUCGCACCACACGUCUGGGUACUUAUCGGAGCACGGUAUCUCGUUGGCAUCUUCGUAUCGGGCAAUGCGGCGACGUCGUACGCGUACCUCGCAGAGUUCCACGGUGAAUCCUCCCGCGCGAAGGUGAUCUCCUGGGCCGCCAUGUUCAUGGCGAUCGGAUUGAUUUUUCUACCAUCGCUCGCCUGGCUGAUCAUACCGCUGGAUGACCGGUUCGAGCUGUACCUGUUCGGCAUGCGCUACGCCAUGUGGCGCAUCUAUCUGCUACUCUGCUCGCUCGAUCUGAUACUCAUCAUCGCCGGUCUGCUGUAUCUGCCCGAGAGUGGAAAGUUUCUGCUCACUAACGGCAACCGGGAGAAAGUGGUGCAAAUUUUGGCCAAAAUCUAUCACCUCAAUCAGGGCAAACCGGAGCACACAUUCCCCGUCAAGUCGAUCACCCUGGACGCGAUAGAUGCGGCGUAUGCCGAUGAAAUGCAGCGCCGGUCCAACCUUGGGCUGCGCUACCUGUGGCAACAAACCGUACCACUGUUCCGGGCACCAUUGCUGUGGCACACGCUAAAAGCAUCCGUGCUGAUGUUCGGUCUGUUUGCCACCUCAUCCGGCCUGUUUCUCUGGAUACCGGACAUCCUUAACACGUACGUCCAGCACGAGGACAUGCAGCUGUGCGACGUGAUUGCGCUGAUGCACGCGAACAAAACGGCUGCCCGUGCGAACGAACCAACCGCUGGCAGUACCUGCCCAAUAGCGAUCAACGCGAACAUCUUUCUGAUCACCUCCGCGAUGGGUGUCAUCUUUCUGGCGUGCUACAUCCUGAACGGUUUCAUCAUCAACCGAGUCGGCAAGACGACACUGCUCAACGGUUGGUUUGUGGUGUGCGGUAUCUGCGGGCUUGCCGUACUGUGGACUUCCGAUUUCUAUCUGACGCUGAUACUGAUCGCUGCCUUCGUCUCGUCUGGCUGCCUCGGUGGCGUCCUAAGUGCAAUAUCGGUCGACCUAUUUCCGACUAAUUACCGGGCAAUGGCGAUGUGCCUGAUUCUGAUGACCGGCCGGUUUGGGGCAAUGGCCGGCAGCAACAUUAUCGCCUAUCUGCUCACGUAUAACUGCAAUCUGAUCUUCAUACUGUUCGGCGGCUCACUGCUAGUUUGUGCUCUAAUUGGAGCAACCUUAACGGAAACGUGACAGAAAACUAUUCCAAAAAUGUUGAAUUGCUGCCACCCGGUUCCGGCAGUGUCCGGCCACUCGUGUGUGUGUGUGUCGCGGGCUGAUCAUCCAACCUGGCCCCAACACUGCUGAACGCUGCCAAGAGCAACAUCCUACGCGUUCGCUGCUGGAAGAAUUGUCCGUGCGCUUUAAUGAGUGGUCUAUCAAAACCUACGAACCAAAACCAAAAACGAAAAGAGAAAUAGUCGGGUAAGGACAUUCUUGUCACACUGUAUUAGCUAGCCGGGGACAGCCGUGUCCCAAUAAGCCACCGCAUCCAAUGGAAACCCAAACCAAAGUCGGGAUCGUCGUGCUGUCGUUGUAAACAACCAGGAAUGUACACACCGAAUAUGGUGCGAAACAGAACAAAACAAACAAACAAACAAAACAGGAAAAUAAUAAGAGACGAAAGCAUUCAUAAGGUACAGUGCUAUCGUCAAACUAACCGGUUGAGGUGGUUUGUUGCGACUGCACCUAAUAUGUGUUUAUCGGCAAUAUUAGAGUGUGCCAAUUGAAACUAUCCAACGUACACAAUGGAGGUGUAGCACCGGAGGCAACAAAGUAGUAAUUAUAGCAGGGAUUCACUUCAAACAUCAAUACCGUAGCGUUAAGACAUUUACAAGUAGCACUCAAAUCUCCGCCGCUAUUUCUAGCA